AUGAACUCCUUCCUGGAGUACCUGGCGCGGGGCGGAGAAGGGCUGAGCUUGUCGGGCAAGUUUGGCGGGACGGAGUCCGGCGGGGUUGCGCUGCGGCCGCCCUGCGCCCUGUCAUCAGGCGGGGAGCGCGCCUACGCGGGGCCGGCGGCGGGAAGCCUCCCGGACUUCUCGGCGCGCCCGGCGGCGCAGCAACAGCUGGCGCCCAGCGCUUUCGCCUCCGCCGGCCAGUACAGCCUGCUCCGUCCUGAGGCGCCCUUCGUGGCCCCCGAGGAGGCCGGCGCUCCCGUGCACUACGGCGCCUCCGCCUUCUCGGGCGGCGGCGCUUACCUCCCGGUGGACUACAGCGCGCUGGCCGAGAGCUUUCAGCCCUGCGCCAAGGAUGCGCCGCCGUCCGACUUCUGCCCCAAGGCCAGCUGCUCCCAAGCUGCGCUCAGCACUUUCGAGUGGAUGAAGGUCAAGAGGAGCGCCCCCCCGAAAAGCAAACUUUCAACCUAUGGAUCAUCUGCCAGUCCUCCCAGUGCUGUAAGGACCAAUUUCAGCACCAAGCAACUUACAGAGUUGGAGAAAGAGUUUCAUUUCAAUAAGUACCUUACCCGGGCCCGGCGAGUGGAGAUUGCAAAGUCUUUGGGCCUCAAUGAUGCUCAGGUGAAAAUCUGGUUCCAGAAUCGGAGGAUGAAGCAGAAGAAAAGGGAGCGGGAAGGGAUGGUGAUCUCUCCUCCCGCACUGACUUUUCAAGUCUCCCCCUCAGAUUCGAGCCCCACACAGCUAGCUAUGUGUUCUGCCCCCUCUUCUCCGGCCAAGGGCUCACCCUGA